CGCAGGAAAACUAAAUUCCGAACAAACGACCACAUGCCAGCUGGACACGUUACCUACCGCUGUCUCGCCUGAGGAGAACAUGCCUGCCGAUGCUUGCGAGGACUUGUUUUUCUUCGAAGAUGAAGUCCCACCGCUUACUGAGCCUCAAGACUCGAUUCCACUGCUGAACACCUCUGAGUUCAUUCCAAAUCGCCACAUUCUACCUGACAUUGCUGCCGCACAAUUAUAUGACACUUGGAAGAUACUGAUACCCACUCUCGUCGAUGCUCAGCUCGAGUAUACUCAGAGGACCAUUGGAAAAUUUGUCAAGCGACCUCCGAUGAUUCUGUCUGCAUGUCACUCGCAGAAGUGUGCACAGAAACGCACAACUAUGAUUGGCUUGUUCUUCGAUGUCCUGGUUCUUCACGGUUUAUUCCCAACUUCCCCCUCCCAGCCACGCAUGGCAGUAUCUACUGAGCUACUCACCUUCUAUCGAAUGCUCUUCGAGCGCUCAUGUGAUGCUGUGAAUGCUCUCGCAUCCGCCCUGCACACACACUACAUCCACAGAGGUUUCCGCAUGACGAAUGCUAAGGGUGAAUUUAUCCAAGAACCUUUCCGGCGAAGUCUCAGUCAAGCUAUCUUAUGGUUUGAUGUCUUACAGGUGGAGCUCGAAUCCCAGCUAGAAUGCGCUGUUCAAGCAAGCCGAGACUUGGUAGAUGCCUCUCGAGAUCCCCCAGAGCAUCCUGCAUCAUAUGCGCCCACUGUAGACGUGGUUCCGCAUGAGCGCUGUGCCACAAUCCCUCUUCAGCGUUGUCCUGCUUGUUUUGGGCGGGUCUCAUUUGGAAGGCAGCUGGAAGAAGGUGGAGAUAUUCAUGUUGCUACUGAUGGGAACUUCCAUCAUCGACAUCGGCGUUCAGCAGGCGAUUCACCCCAUUUUUAUGAUCCCUCUUACUUCUUACCUAAAGCUCAGGUUGAUGACAUUGGGCAUCAUAUUGAUCGGAGUCGCAAGUCUGCACCGAAACCGCAUGCACCACUUGUACCCCAUGAGGCCAUUGACUUAUGCGAGAAUUCAUACGAAGCCACCGAUGGAAAGAAGCAAAAAGCGGCCAUGGAUAGCUUUGAUGACACGGGAGUCAUGGCAUUAAUAUGUCGCCACGACAUUCCCCUCUUCUUUGCAAACAUCGACACUCCAGGCGAGCAGCAGAAAUACGCCUACAACAUACUUCCCGAAGCCAUGACGAAGCGCUUGCGAUUUGCAACAACGGCCAUGCAUGCCUAUGGCCACGAAUGGUCGUGCCAACUUAGGCUAUGGUCAAGAUUUAUCCACUUGAUAGGUAUUCAGCGCUCCUCAUCUAGACAGCGUCAGUUAUGGCUACUUGACCGACAAGCUGCUGCCAUCAGUCUUGAGAUGCGCGCUGACCUCGGUGAUUGGAUCCGGUGUUGCCUUAAGUGGGGAAUUCAUGAACAAGGGACAGCUGCACAGACCAUGCUGAGUGAGUGUGAUGCAACGAUUGAAGAUCUGCAACAUCAAUGGGCUCUGCAGCGACAGUCACAGUUGUCCAUCCAUGCUCAUGCUCCUGCUCGGCUCAAGAAAGAGCUGGACACCGUGUUUGCCCUACAAGGUGACCUCGAUGCCUCCGACAAGGCUCUUCAAGCAACAAGUGAGGUUAUUACAAAGGGAAAUGUAUCCCAACACACACUCGAUGCGAUUGAGAGCCUCGAACGAAGUCACCAAUGCCUCAUGGACAAAGUUGAUGUGUUAUACGCUUCCCUCAACGUUCACGACAAGUUCCCCAAGCUGGAAGGAAUAAACAUCGAAUUUGUUUGGACACUUCUCUUGGCACGCGACCUCAAGAUCAACAUUCGGAAGCGUGCAAUUGGAAGCUUCUUUGAAUGGGACAAGCUCGAUCGUGCUGUCAGUGGCACACAACAAGCAUUAGGGACAAAACUUCACCAGCAGACCCGAAAGGCCAUAUCGAAGCGACAACCAGCCUUGCUGGCCGCACUACGUAAAUUCAAUGGAUACUGCAAACACCUCGAAGAACUAUACGAACCAGGCUGUGGUAUUCCUCUUCCAAUGCCUCUCCCCACCAAGCUGAAUGAACUCCGCAAUGAUCAAACACUGAUGGAGGAUAUUUGGAUCACGCCUUCAGUUGGGGAGGUUCCUCAUUGGCUGGAUGAUCAGGAUAUUCAUGAUGGGAUACGCGCUAUGUUAAAGCGCGAUAGAUGCAUCGAGGAGCAGCGACAUCUUGGGCUAGAAGCUGACAAUCUUUGCAGGUGGUUUGGUGAUGAACUCGCUGCAAUAGAACUCGCCCUGCAGUUGCCUGAACAUUUUCUAUCUUACUACGUCAGCGGCGGGAACAUCUCCAACAUCUUCAAAUCCGUUGGUCUAACCCACUUGCGUGCUUCCAAAGACACUGCGCUUCACUGGAUUCCUCAAACAUCGAUAUCCUGUGCCACUACCCUGGAGGAGGGUGAAGAGGAUCCAGAGGUUAUCGCUGCAUCCUUCGAUGAUCCUCCACCCGAGCACAUUGCCCUUGCUGACAUAAUAAAUGUUGACACUCCUGACAGCGAAGAUGAAGAAGACAUCAAUAUUGCAACCGAGCCUCGCACACUCAUCACCUGGCACACUCCUGAGCGAGUCAUUGUCGACCCAGUACCACCAAUGAAUGACACUACCGUUAUUGUCCCUGGAGUCAUCACCACCAGGGUUCGUCCUCCCUGCGAUGCAUUCCCACGUCAAAUUUUCGAACCAAAGGAUAUCAAGAUCCUUGCAUCGCCUACUGCACUGCUGAACGACAGCCUCAUCAAUGGCUGUGCAGCGUUGCUUUAUUCUGAGUCUCUGCAAGCUUCUCCUGCUAUAGCGCAAUAUGUGAUCUUGUCCACGCACGACCUCCCCCGCAUUCAGUACAAUGUGUCUGAUGACGUGCUUUGGCGCAACAUAUCGUGGACUUGUUAUUGGGCCAAGGACAUGUGGAUCAUACCGAUUCAUAGACCCUCAAUCAUUGGUCAUUGGGUGCUAUGUAUUGUGCACCUCCAGAGCAAGGAACUUCACCUAUUCAAUAGCUUUGCCGAGCAACGACCUUGGAAGAGCGAUGUCAGAGUGAGCACCAUUGAUAUUAUGAAAUUGAUCGUUCGACUUUUCAACAUCGCUCGGCAACAUGAUCCUGUUCAGACUAAUGGCUAUGACUGCGGUGUAUGGGUGCUUGCAAUGAUUGCAGCAACAUUGUGUGGAUGCCACUGUACGGCUUUGAAGGAAGAUGAUAUAUCUGCAUUUCGUUACCACCUUCGCACACUUGUAGUAUCAAUCCCUACAUUCUGA